AUGUCCAGCUCGCCGCUGUCCAAGAAGCGUCGCGUGUCCGGGGCUGAUCCUAAGCCAGGUUCUAACUGCUCCUCCGUCAACGCCGUACCUUCUGACGUGCCUACAGCACCUGCCAACGGAAUGGCGAAGAACGGGAACGAAGCUGACAUCGAUGAGGGCCUCUAUUCCCGGCAGCUGUACGUGCUGGGACACGAGGCGAUGAAGCGGCUGCAGACGUCCAGCGUGCUGGUGUCCGGGCUGCGGGGUCUGGGCGUAGAGAUCGCCAAGAACAUCAUCCUCGGGGGGGUCAAGUCCGUGACCGUGCACGACCAGGGCGUGGCACAGUGGGCCGACCUCUCUUCCCAGUUCUAUCUGCGGGAGGAAGAUGUGGGCAAGAACCGAGCCGAGGUGUCCCAGCCUCGCCUGGCCGAGCUCAACACCUACGUCCCCGUCAGCGCGUACACCGGCCCCCUCACCGAGGAAUACCUCGGCGGCUUCCAGGUGGUGGUCCUCACAGAUUCCGCCCUGGAGGAGCAGCUGCGCGUGGGCGACUUCUGUCACAGUCGGGGCAUCAAGCUGGUGGUGGCCGACACCCGAGGGCUCUUCGGCCAGCUCUUUUGCGACUUCGGGGAAGAGAUGAUCUUGACGGACUCCAACGGAGAGCAACCGCUCAGCGCCAUGAUCUCUAUGAUCACCAAGGACAACCCGGGCGUGGUGACUUGCUUGGAUGAGGCUCGGCACGGCUUCGAGAGCGGAGACUUUGUGUCUUUUACGGAGGUCCAGGGCAUGAGCGAGCUCAACGGUUGCCCCCCGGUGGAGAUCAAAGUCUUGGGGCCCUACACCUUCAGCGUCUGUGACACCACCAAGUUCUCGGACUACGUCCGCGGGGGGAUCGUCAGCCAGGUCAAAGUGCCCAAGAAAAUCAGCUUUAAAUCCCUGUCAGCUUCCCUCGCGGAACCAGACUUCGUGAUGACGGACUUUGCUAAGUUCUCCCACCCUGCCCAGUUGCACGUGGCUUUCCAGGCCCUCCAUCAGUUCUGCAAGCAGCACGGCCGCCUCCCCCGGCCCCGCCACCAGGCCGACGCCGAAGAAGUGGUGGGUCUGGCUCGGACGGUCAACGCGGCUGCCCCACCCAGGGUGCGGCAGGAGGAGCUGAGCGAGGACCUGGUGCGGCAGCUGGCGUACAUGGCCGCCGGAGACCUGGCUCCUGUCAACGCCUUCAUCGGGGGGCUGGCGGCCCAGGAGGUCAUGAAGGCCUGCUCGGGGAAGUUCAUGCCCAUCAUGCAGUGGCUUUAUUUCGAUGCGCUCGAGUGUCUGCCCGAGGCCGGAGACACCCUGACGGAGGAGAAGUGCCGCCCGCGCAACGACCGCUACGACGGCCAGGUGGCCGUGUUCGGUUCCGACCUCCAGGAGAAGCUGGGCAAGCAGAGGUACUUCUUGGUCGGGGCGGGAGCCAUCGGCUGCGAGUUGCUGAAGAACUUCGCCCUGAUAGGCCUGGGCUGCGGGGAGGGCGGCGAUGUCACCGUCACCGACAUGGACACCAUCGAGAAAUCCAACCUGAACCGCCAGUUCCUCUUCCGCCCCUGGGACGUCACGAAAAUGAAGUCGGACACGGCGGCGGCGGCCGUGCGGCAGAUGAAUCCUCAGAUCCACGUGACGAGUCACCAGAACCGGGUGGGCCCCGACACGGAGCGGGUGUACGACGACGACUUCUUCCAGGGGCUGGAUGGCGUGGCCAACGCGCUGGAUAACGUGGAUGCCCGCAUGUACAUGGAUCGCCGUUGCGUGUAUUACCGGAAGCCGCUGUUGGAGUCGGGUACCCUGGGCACCAAAGGCAACGUGCAGGUGGUGAUCCCCUUCCUGACCGAGUCGUACAGUUCCAGCCAGGACCCCCCGGAAAAAUCCAUCCCCAUCUGCACCCUCAAGAACUUUCCCAACGCCAUUGAGCACACGCUGCAGUGGGCCCGAGAUGAGUUCGAAGGCCUCUUCAAGCAGCCGGCAGAGAACGUCAAUCAGUAUAUCACAGACCCCAAGUUUGUGGAGAGGACGCUGCGGCUGGCGGGGACCCAGCCCCUGGAGGUGCUGGAGGCGGUGCAGCGCAGCCUGGUGCUCCAGCGCCCCCGCGGCUGGGCCGACUGCGUGGCUUGGGCCUGUCACCACUGGCACGCCCAGUACAGCAACAACAUCCGCCAGCUGCUUCACAACUUCCCCCCAGAGCAGCUGACUAGCUCAGGCGCCCCUUUCUGGUCUGGACCCAAGCGCUGUCCCCACCCACUCACCUUUGACUCCAGCAAUCCCCUCCACUUGGACUACAUCAUGGCUGCCGCCAACCUGUUCGCGCAGACGUACGGGCUGCCCGGCUCCCAGGACCGGGCGGCCGUGGUGGGGCUGCUGCAGAGCGUGCGCGUGCCCGACUUCACCCCCAAGUCCGGGGUCAAGAUCCACGUCUCCGACCAGGAGCUGCAGAACGCCAACGCCUCCGUCGAUGACAGCCGUCUGGAGGAGCUCAAGGCCACACUGCCGAGCCCGGAGAAGCUGUCCGGCUUUAAGAUGUUCCCCGUCGACUUUGAGAAGGAUGACGACAGUAACUUCCACAUGGACUUCAUCGUGGCCGCGUCCAACCUGCGCGCCGAGAACUACGAUAUCCCUCCUGCCGAUCGGCACAAGAGCAAGCUGAUCGCCGGGAAGAUCAUUCCGGCCAUCGCCACGACGACGGCAGCGGUGGUGGGGCUGGUGUGCCUGGAGCUCUACAAAGUGGUACAGGGCCACCGGCGGCUGGAAGCCUACAAGAACGGCUUCCUCAACCUGGCCCUGCCCUUCUUCGGCUUCUCGGAGCCCAUCGCCGCUCCUCGCCACAAGUACUACGAGCACGAGUGGACGCUGUGGGACCGCUUUGAGGUGAAGGGGCUUCAACCAGGUGGGGAAGAGAUGACUCUCAAGCAGUUCCUGGAUUAUUUCAAGAACGAGCACAAGCUGGAGAUCACCAUGCUGUCCCAGGGCGUCUCCAUGCUUUACUCCUUUUUCAUGCCAGCCGCUAAGCUCAAGGAGAGGCUGGAUCAACCGAUGACGGAGAUCGUGAGCAAGGUCUCGAAGAAGAAGCUGGGCAAACACGUGCGGGCGCUGGUGUUGGAGUUGUGCUGCAACGACGACAACGGCGAAGACGUCGAGGUGCCCUACGUGCGCUACGCUAUCCGUUGAGCUCCCCCGCCGGAUCCCCUCGACCGGUGUCUCUUCACUGCCCCCCCCCCCCCGCUCCCCUCCCCUCCCCACCCCCCCUCGUGCGCGGGGCCGCUCCCCAGGGCCGGGCCAGCGGGCAGGGCCUCCCCCGGGGGGGACGCGGUGGCUUUCUACUGUUUGGAAACCGAAGAAGAAAUAAAGAAUUAUCGACGGAG